AUGACCGUCUGUGGUGAUUGGUAUUGGGAUCUGAGGGAAGCAAGGGUAGUCUGCAGAAUGCUCAGCUUCGACGGGGCGUUGGAAGCGCCUCGUUUUUCUACGUUUGGGCAGGGAACCGGUGAUAUUAUUGAUUUCGGUUGUUACGGAACAGAAGACAGCUUGGUAGACUGUUCUUACGUCCGUUCAUCGUGUGGGCAUCAACAUGAUAUGGGUGCCGUGUGUUAUACAGGAGCACACCCAAAUCCAUUUCAAGUUCGUCUGGUCGGUGGAUCAAACGAUGCUGAAGGCACAGUAGAGGUUCUGAAUGAUGGAUCAUGGGGUACUAUCUGUCAUGACUUCUGGGACCUAAGAGACGCCAGGGUUGUUUGUAGGAUGCUGGGGUUCGAUGGAGCCUUGAAGGCACCGAGGUCUGCACGGUUUGGUCAAGGAUCGGGCCGCAUUCUUCUUGUUGGCGUCGGUUGUGACGGAACAGAAGACAACCUUGCAGACUGUGCUCAUCCAGGGAUUGGAGAUUAUUGUAUUCAUGCUUGGGACGCAGGCGCAAUCUGUUUUUCAGUUGAGGUCUUGUAUGCUGGAUCAUGGAUGACCGUCUGUAGUGAUUGGUGGGAUCUAAAGGAAGCAAGGGUAGUCUGCAGAAUACUCGGCUUCGACGGGGCGUUAGAAGCACCUCGUUUGUCUAGGUUUGGGCAGGGAACCGGUGAUAUUAUUCGUGUCGAUUAUUGUUACGGAACAGAGAACAGCUUGAUAGACUGUCCAAAUGUGUACAUCUAUUCUUCAUGUGGGCAUCAGAACGAUGCGGGUGCCGUGUGCUAUUCGGGAGGUAUGUGA